AUGAGACCUUCCAUCCUACGCUUUCUCUCUAGGCUCUCGCCCUGGCCAAAAUGGAAACCUCUCGACUUCUCGAACCCAAACUUUGGCAUCAUUGCGCCAGGCCAAAGGGUUGAAGAGGAGACUAUUCCAGGUUAUCUGGCGUCCCGAUACUAUCCUACUCGCAUAGGCGAGGUGAUCAGGGAUAGAUAUCAGGUAGUAGGAGAGUUGGGAUAUGGAGUCACUUCGACCGUUUGGCUUGCACGCGAUAUGGAACAGCGGUCAUAUGUCGCUCUCAAAAUCUACGUCGAUGCCGCUUCCAUGGGCCAGAAUGUCGAUCACGAGCUGAAGAUGUACGAACGGAUCUCUCGAGGCUCGAAGCAUCCAGGUCGCCGGGCGAUCAGGCCUCUACUCGACUCAUUCAAUAUCGUCGGCAAUGAAGACAAACACCAAUGCCUCCUUCAUCCGCCGUUAUUUGAGAACAUCAAAGCAGACAAUAUAAUGUUUGGCUUCGCAGACGACGGGCCAUUCAAGCAGUUCGAGCAGGAAGAGCUGCAGAACCCUUCCCCUCGAAAGGAAGAAGACGGACAAACCAUUUAUCUAUCGCGGGAACUCGCAAUGCAACCCGGGAAGCUAGGUGCUCCGGUCCUGUGCGAUUUUGGCUCCGCUGCGACUGGCGAUGUGGAGCACUACGAGGAUAUCCAGCCUGAACAGUACCGUGCGCCAGAGGUAAUCAUCGAAGCGCCAUGGUCGUACAGCGUUGAUAUCUGGAACGUCGGGUGCAUGAUAUGGAACAUCUUUGAGGGCGGCUCCCUAUUCACAGGCAUCGACCCCGGGUCUCAAACAUACAAGAGUAAAGCGCACCUAGCGGAGAUAAUCAACCUACUUGGCCCACCACCACCUAGCGUUCUCGCGCGCGGAAAGCGAAGCGGGCGGUUCUUCUCCGAGGCUGGCGAGUUUCUCGAGACGUCUUUAUUAAGAGAAUAUACCCCGCUCGAAAAGAGAGAGACAACGCUGGACGAGGAUAAAGAAGACAAGAAGCUCUUCCUGCAGUUAAUGCGGAAGAUGUUGCAGUGGGAGCCGGAGGAGAGGGCCUCGGCGGGGGAGUUGGUAAGGGAUGAGUGGAUUCGGAAGCAUACCGGUCUAUAA